UGUAAAUAAUUUUCCAAACGUAAUAAGGGAUGUUCACUUAUAGAAAGUCCAGGAGAUGAAGAUUCAUCAUCAAAUAUGGGCGAAUCAAUAGAUCCAGAUGCAGAUGCUGAGGUGGAAGAAAAGGGACGGGUGAAAAUGGGGGAUAGUGAGCAUCUGUAGAGCCCUGUUAAGGAGAAGCAUGAGGAGGCAGAGGAAGACGAUGAUGAAGAGGAAGAGGAGGAGAAUGAGAUAGAGAUUCAAAAGAAAGGGUAGGUUGAAAUGUCAGAUCAAUCAGAGUUUGCUGAUAGAUCAGGAGAGAAGCCUAGUCAACAAUCUCAGCCUGGACUAGCAGGGAAUGCAGGUGCAGUGGACCAAAUGCAUAUCGAGAAGGGACAUGCAAUAGGGCAACAUGAGGAAGAAACUCAAAAAGUUCAGCAAAAUAAGAAUAAGGAAUCACAAGAAGGAGAGCAGAAGGCUAUAAUGUUUCAGAAGUUCCAUUCUGAAAAUCCUUUGCUUCUAAAUGUGUGCAGAACUCUCUUCCCUGGCAACCAUAAAUAUGUCUGGAGUGGACCUCGCGCACUGGUUCAGCGUGAAGGUUCCCGUCGUAGAAGUUGUAUUGAUGCUGCUAUUGAAAUUUUGAUGAAGUAGGUACGUUUUGAUUACUUCAGAUUGCCCCUACAAAGGAUCUGAAUCAAUCUUAUGCUUCGCCUGGAUCAAAUAUAAUGUUAUAGUGUGGCAUGUUUGACAUAAAUGCUUGCACACAAAUGGAAUGUCUGGUAGUUGGUGGCUCUUCUCAUCUGAGAAUGGUAAUUUGCUUUGGUAUGGUCUUGAUUUACAAUCCCUAGUCAGCAUUUGUUGUGACCUUUUGGGUAUGUGGGAAGAUACACUGGUAUUUCUUGUUGUGAAUACACUUGGUAACUGUAAUGAUUUAAUAUUGAGCUAAGAUUUUUUAGUGUGUUA